UGAACCAAAAAGCCGAGUGACCUUCCUCUCCGCUCUCAGUCUGAGACGGGCAGCACUGAAGCAAUAAGCCGGUCACAGCUCCUGCAGCCGGUCCCCACUGCUCGAAGCCUCAGAAAUGAACAACAACUUAGUCGGAGAUGAAGUCGGGAAGCUUUUUGUGGGAGGAUUGGACUGGAGUACCACUCAAGAGACACUUAGAAACUACUUUUCACAGUAUGGGGAGGUAGUAGAUUGUGUCAUCAUGAAGGACAAAACUACAAAUCAGUCGCGAGGCUUCGGCUUUGUUAAAUUCAAAGACCCCAAUUGUGUACGGACCGUGCUGGAGACAAAGCCGCAUAAUCUUGAUGGAAGAAAUAUUGACCCGAAGCCAUGCACUCCCAGAGGAAUGCAACCUGAAAAGUCUCGAACCAAGGAGGGCUGGAAGGGCGGCAAAGCCGAUAGCAAUAAAUCAAAGAAGAUAUUUGUAGGUGGAAUCCCCCAUAACUGCGGCGAGCCUGAACUCAGGGACUAUUUCAAUAGAUUUGGAGUGGUCACAGAGGUGGUAAUGAUCUAUGAUGCGGAGAAGCAGAGGCCCCGAGGUUUCGGAUUUAUUACUUUCGAGGCCGAACAAUCAGUGGACCAGGCUGUCAACAUGCAUUUUCACGACAUCAUGGGCAAAAAAGUGGAAGUAAAGAAGGCUGAGCCCCGGGACAGCAAAGCACCUGGCCAGCUCGGCCCUGGCCAGUGGGCACCCAGGGGCAUCCUGAGCGCAGCUAAUGGCUGGACCGCACAGCCGGCCCAGGGCUGGCAACAGCCGUACGGGGCACAGGGAGUGUGGGUGUCAACUACUGGCCAACCGAUAGAUCUGUUCUGUAUUGGAGCAGGCGGGUAUGGACCUCAGUUGACGGCCAGCCGUGGAGCCCCCACGCAGCCUCCAUCACCCUUCAACGCAUUCCUGGUCACGAGCCCCGCGGGUGGCUUUGCUGCACCUCAGGGCUACCCUCAGCAGGCCUACAGCACAGCACCUCAGUUUGGUUACAGUUUCGGCACACCCCAAGCAGACCAGUACGCUGCACAGGUUCCUCCUCCUCCCACCACUCCAGGAACUGCGCCUCUGGGUUUUGCCCCUGCCACCACGCCAACUCAGGACCUGAGCAAAGCUCCCACAGGGCAGCCUGACUUCCCUUAUAGCCAGUAUGGCUUGGGUAACUACCUUCAGGACCCUUCUGCCUACGGACCAACGCGUCCUUCUCACAGUUAUGGUCAGGAUGAGCAGAGAGGAUAUAGUGCAGGGUACGGGCAGGACCUGACAGCCUUUAGUCACACCUUCGCGGACCCCAGCCAGCAGACGGCUUCCUACGGAGCCCCGACAGCACAGCCCACGGCCGGCCCCCAGCCUGCUGCCACUGCGUUCGGAAGAGGGCAGAACCACAACGUACAGGGCUUCCACCCAUAUCGACGCUGACCCCUCCCGCCGCUGGCUGGGAGGGGGGGGAGGGGGGGCUGUGGGCUGUGUAAAGUUUUAAAACAAAAAAAUUACAGAAAAAAAAGGUCAGGGAAAUGUGUGUUCUUGCUAAAAAGAAAAACUGGAGUUCUGGAUUGUUCUGUGGCGAUAUUGAAUGCACUCAGUUUGUGAACGCAGGAAUUUCAGUAAAUUCAAAAGGGGUCAAAGAUCCCAGUUUUUUUUGCAUAACUUAAUGAACAUUCAGCAGAGAGCUUUUAUCCCCUUACCCCCAAACCCCGUGUUUUAUAGUAGAACAAAACUACUUGCAAUAAUUUAGAUUGUCUGGUCAAACACUAGCACAGAGACUUUAUGUAAAGAGACUUGCAUAUAAAUAUGUAUAUUUAUUAUGGUGGACACAAAUGAAAACAGGGUCUCAAGUUUCCUCAGCUUUAAAUUCUAGGGAAAAAUGUUUUUAUUUUUCAUUUGGUGGAUUUUGUUUACUUUCUGAGCCUUUAAAGUUUGUUUAAAAUGGAGAUUAUGAAUAUAUAUAUAUAUUAUACACAAACUGUGCAAUUUUUUAAAAAGAGAAUUUUGUACUAUAAAUGUACACUUUGCUUGUUUUUUUAUUUAAAGAUGUAGUCUUCCCUCAGGUGGCUUUUUUGGGUGCAUUUUUUGCACUUACGCAAAAAGAAAAAACAAAUUAUUACAAAAAUAAAUGUUUUAAGGAUACAA